GGGCGGGGGUCCCGCUGCUGCGGGGCGCUCCCGCUUCCCCAGGCACAGCCGGGCCGGUCCCUUACCCGCUGCUCCCCGCAGGCACAGCCCGGCCGAGCCACAGCGAGCCGCGGGGCCGGGAUGGACGCGGCGGGGAGGAGGAGGAGGAGGAGAUGGAAGGGUGGCACCCGCUGUACCCCGGGCACAUCCCCACCAGCCCGCUGCAGAAGGCGCUGCUGGCCGCCGGCUCCGCGGUCAUGGCCCUCUAUGACCCCUACAGACACGACAUGGUGGCAGUCCUUGGGGAGACCACAGGCUGCCUGGCCCUGCCAAACCUGCGAGACAAGAUGAGAAACCACCCUGAAGGUUACCGCAUCCUCCGGGAGCGGCCUCGCAUCCGUCUCUCCACCCUGGACAUGGCCAGGCUGCAGGGGCUGCCGGACGGCUCGCUGGGCAGGGAGUACGUCCGGUUCCUGGAGGACAAUAAGGUUUCUCCGGACACCCGGAUGCCGCCCAAGUUUGUUGAUGAUGAAGAGCUGGCAUACGUGAUCCAGCGGUACCGGGAAGUCCAUGACCUGAUGCACACCCUCCUGGGCAUGCCAACCAACAUGCUGGGUGAGGUGGUGGUGAAGUGGUUUGAAGCCAUCCAGACGGGGCUGCCCAUGUGUGUCCUGGGAGCAGCGUUUGGGCCUGUCCGGCUCAGUACACGAAAGCUGCAGGUCCUGGCCACCGAGCUGGUUCCCUGGGCCAUCCGGAGCGGGCUCAACGCCAGCUGUGUCCUGAACGUCUACUACGAGCAGCGCUGGGAGCAGCCGGUGGAGUCCCUGCGGGAGGAGCUCGGCAUCUUCCCUCCCCCGGCCGUCCGAGUGUGAGAGCUGUGUCGGGAAGGGCCCAGGGCAUCCCUUGGCAGCCAGCAGCUGGCCCCAGCCGCACUGCACAUCCUCCUGCCCUGCCCAGGACCACAGCGUGGCUGUGCUCUCCACCACAGACUUGAGGGCUCUGUUUUCUCCUGCCAAAAGCUGGCACCAGCCUGUUGGUAGGGGCCAACUGGCACCUCCCUGUGCUGUGACAAAAACUCGACCUUUUUUUGCUGUCUGUGAUCUUAGCUGUGGGAUGUCAAGGUCAGAUGUGCCUUUGCCAGCUGGUCUGGCUGCUCAGGUGUCCCAGCAGCAGAUUCCAGUACUGAUGCUCCCAAAUGCUGCGGUGGUGAGGGAGCACACUGCAGCAAACUGAUGCCUUGGCCCUCUGCAGCUCCGGGGCUGUGCAGGUAAAUCCUUCAUCCCACCCUUCCCAUCCUGGGAAGAUCAAGGCUUCAAGUCUUGGGGCUGCCCUGGACUGGAACUAAACCCAUAAUUUCCAGAGGAGCGCAGGGGCAGGUUUGGUGUGGCAGUGGUGAAAUCCCAUUUUGUAUUGGUGCCUAACUGGUUUCCUGUAGGGUCCUAUUGGAUGUGCCUCAUUCCUGCCUCAGAGACCAGACAGUGUGUGACUGUGUGCCCACGGGGCAGGCAGGGAAAUACCUUUGGGUAUUUUCCCUCCUGGAUUGGCUGUUUUGAGAGCUGAUCCCAGUCUGCUGUGUCUCCCUGUAGUUUGUCCCCAUCAAAAAUGAUUGUGCCGGCUGUUCCAUAGGAAUCAUCCCUUCCUUGGUCAACAAAAUGGCACAGCUGGGAUUAUGGGAUUGAAUCCAGUGAGUGCAGAAACAGCGGGUGCUGGUGCUGUGUCUGGGAGCUGAUUGCUGUCUGGGUUAAUUAAACUGCGCUCCAGACUACCAGCAGCCAGGGAGCAGAGUUGCUGGAUGUGAUGGCAAAGAGCCACGAGGCCAGGGCCUCUUUGUUCAUGUGUGUUUGCUGUUGGAAUUCCUCCUUGUUUAAUAAAAUCCACAUUGGGGCUUGUA